CACACUGCACACCAGACGCAAACAACAUCAGAUCUAGCUCCUAGAUGGAGGGCCACAAGGCACUGCCCUGCCCAGCUGUGGGGACUGAUGCCCGAAGCAGAGAGAAGCAUGCAAGGCCAUUUGUGCACCUCCACCUAGGAACUGAGCACAACACCGUGCAUAAUGCCAGGACAGGCAGGAAGCACCGCUGCUGUGCCACUGAACAGGUGACUGCAGAGGUUGUAACUUUGUGAGGCAGUUAUAUGACGACUGAAUUAUGACAACCAAAAUCUCCAAGAAAACCCCUUAAACUAAACAUCUAUUUAUCUUUUGACCAUCUUGGAACUUAGUGGAUACACUCCUUGAAGUUUGUCUGAAUUGUAACUUGUAUAACAUUUUAAAAGUUUCACAAUGGAGUUCUUAUUAUCCAAAGGAGACUGCAGUAGAGAUUUGAAAAGAGCUUUGUUAUUAUUUUUAAUUUUAUCAUAUCUUAUAGCUCUUGUUUGCACGGAUAAGGACUAUUAUAGUUUACUUGGAAUAUCCAAAGAAGCAAGUAAUAGAGAAAUAAGACAGGCUUUCAAAAAACUGGCAUUAAAGUUACAUCCUGAUAAAAAUCAGAAUGAUCCAACUGCUCAUGAAAACUUCUUGAAAAUAAAUAGAGCUUAUGAAGUAUUAAAAGAUGAAGAGCUACGGAAGAAGUAUGAUAAAUAUGGAGAGAAAGGUCUGGAAGACCAACAACAAGGAGGUCGAUACGAGAGUUGGAACUUUUAUCGCUAUGAUUUUGGUAUUUAUGAUGAUGAUCCUGAAAUCAUAACAUUGGACAGAGCAGAAUUUGAUGCUGCUAUAAACUCUGGAGAACUCUGGUUCAUAAAUUUCUAUUCUCCUCGAUGUUCGCACUGCCAUGAUUUAGCACCUACGUGGAGGAAAUGUGCUAAAGAAAUGGAUGGACUAAUACGCAUUGGCGCUGUAAAUUGUGGUGAUAAUAGAAUGCUUUGCCGAAUCAAAGGAAUUAACAGUUAUCCAAGUCUCUAUGUUUUCAAAACUGGAAUUAAUCCAGUGAAAUAUUAUGGAGACAGGUCACAGGAAAGUUUAAUGAGUUUUGCCAUGCAGUAUGUCACAAGCACAGUGAUCGAGUUGUGGGCAGGAAAUUUUGUUAAUGCUAUUCAAACUUCAUUUGCCUCUGGUGUUGGCUGGCUGAUCACUUUCUGUGCUGACCAUGGAGAUUGCUUGACUUCCCAGACGCGCCUUAAACUAGCUGGCAUGUUGGAAGGCCUUGUUAAUGUAGGCUGGAUGGAUUGUGCCACCCAGGGUGAGCUUUGUGAUAAUUUGGAUAUCUCAUCUAGUACAACAGCAUACUUUCCACCUGGAGCCACCUUAACUCAUAGAGAGAAAGGAAGUGUUUUGUUUCUUGAAUCCUUGGAUGCCAAGGAGAUAUAUUUGGAAGUAAUGCAGCAUCUUCCAGAUUUUGAAAUGCUCUCUGCGGUCUCAUUAGAGGCCCACUUGGCUCAUCACCGGUGGCUGGUUUUCUUUCAGUUUGGUGAGAAUGACAAGUCGAAUGUGCAUGAGUUUAAAAAAUUGAAUUUUCUACUUAAAGAUGAACAUAUUCAGGUUGGAAAGUUUGACUGCCUUUCUGCACCAAGUGUCUGCAGUAAUCUGUAUGUCUAUCAGCCCUGUCUGGCAGCCUUUAAAGGAAGGGGAACUGAAGAUUAUGAAAUUCAUCAUGGAAAGAUGAUCCUAUAUGACAUAAUUGCGUUUGCUAAAGAGAGUGUAAAUUCUCAUGUUAUCACACUUGGGCCUCAGAAUUUUCCUGACAAGGAGAAGGAACCAUGGCUUGUUGACUUCUUUGCACCUUGGUGUCCUCCAUGUCGAGCUUUGUUGCCCGAGUUGAGAAAAGCAUCAAAGCACCUUAUUGGUCAGCUUAAAUUUGGCACAUUAGACUGCACAAUCCAUGAAGGGCUUUGUAACAUGCAUAACAUUAGAGCUUACCCAACAACGGUUGUGUUCAACCAGUCCAAUGUUCAUGAAUAUGAAGGGCAUCACUCUGCUGAACAGAUUUUGGAAUUUAUAGAGGAUCUCAUGAACCCUUCGGUGGUCUCCUUAACACCAGACACUUUCAGUGCACUUGUUAAACGAAGAAAGCGAGAUGAAGUCUGGAUGGUUGAUUUCUAUGCUCCUUGGUGUGGGCCUUGCCAGGCUUUAAUGCCAGAGUGGAAAAGAAUGGCCAGGUUGUUAAAUGGAUUAAUCACUGUUGGCAGCAUGGACUGUCAAAAAUAUUUUUCUUUCUGUCAUCAAGAAAAUAUACAGGGAUAUCCUGAAAUAAGACUCUUCCCUCAAAAAUCAAAUACAGGUCAUCAUUACUAUAGUUACAAUGGCUGGCGCAGGGAUUCAUAUUCAUUAAGAAGCUGGGCACUUGGAUAUUUACCUCAAGUUUCAGAAGAUCUGACACCCCAGAGUUUCACAGAAAAAGUUUUGCAUGGGAAAGAUCAUUGGGUCAUUGAUUUUUACGCUCCUUGGUGUGGCCCUUGCCAAAAUUUUGCUCCAGAAUUUGAGAUGCUAGCUAGGACUAUUAAAGGAAAAAUAAAAGCUGGAAAAGUUGACUGUCAAGCUUAUGGUCAUACUUGUCAGACAGCUGGCAUCAGAGCCUACCCUACAGUUAAAUUUUAUCCCUACGAAGGAGCAAAGAAAAAUGUUCUUGGAGAGCAUAUAGACAGCAGAGAUGCAAAGAGCAUAGCUGAUCUUCUGACUGAAAGAUUAGCAGUUAUUCAAAAUAAAGGAAAGAGAAAAAAAUCUCCUAGAAACAAGGAUGAACUCUAAUAUUGAAGAGGAUACAAUUCAGACUGUACCGAAGCUGUGAAAAACAGAAGGCACCAUGAUGAAAAUAAAAGUUAGACUAAUUUCAUGAUAGGAAAAACAGAAACUUUAGUUUGAAUUCAUGGACACCUUUGGAGAGGGAGUUUUUCUGUUUGCUGUGGAAGGAUUCUAAGAAUUUGGGAACAGGCUGUGCCUGUUCUAUUUUCUGAUAUACUCCUAAUCAAGGGCUUAGAUAAUAGUGGUGGCUAGCUGGUUUUCAUCCACCCUCUGCAUCCCGUUUCUUCCUACACAUGCAACAUACAUGUUGCAUUCAACCUGUGGACAAGUGUGCAAUCAAGUCAGCCAAACUUGGGUUUUCACACAGCAGAAUGCACUGUACCUUCCUGAACACUGAGGAAUUGUCUGACAUCAACGAGAAGGAAAAAUAAUCUUACCUCAUGAUGGAAGUUUAGUUAGGGGUUUUUAUUUUAUAGUGAGUCAAACAAACAGCCAGAAAUAAAAUAGAUUUAUAGAAUCAGUCAUCUUUGUUAUAGUAUAUUGCUGCAGCUUACCAAUUGAGGUGACAGAAGUUUUGAAGAGCUUUGUUUGGUUUUUUUAUUCCUCUCUCCCUAUAUUAGGUUUUCAGAAUUCAGUGUUUAACUCAGAUACAUUUGUGUUAUACCACAGAAGUAUCCUAUACAGAAUUUUCAGCUUCUUUCAUAGUAAAAGUGUUCAAAUUUAUCUUUGCCUCAGAUGAAUUUGUGGGGCACACCUUUUAACUUGCUUUGACCACUGUCAGACCCUUCUCUCCCCCCUCCUCCCCAGAUACACUUGAAGAUCUUCAUCAUGAAAUUUGGAACUAAUUCAUAGUGCAUAUUAAGUGCCUGCUGAAUUUUGACUAUUUCAUAAUGAACAUUUAACUGUCUACUUGGACAAUCUUAUUUACUACAUUUUCAUUAACUCUCACUCUGAGGUGAUUAAGAUGAAUUUUUAAAAGUUCUGUGUGCAACAAAAGAUUCUAUUUGCACCAUUUGCACUUAAAGUUUAAAUAGUUUUGUUUUUUACUCUAGUCCAAAAAACUGUGUGCUGUAAGUCAAACUUCUUUGAAAAGAUCACGAUCUUGAUUUACUCUUUAAAAAAUACAGAUUAGACAUUGCCAGAUGAGCUUUUCUCCUUGUUUCCCCUCAUCCACCCAACAUUUGUAUGAUUGAACCUACUGUAAUUACCAUAAUGAAUAUAUCAGAAAUUCCUAGACCUUCUGUCCUCACUAAGUAACUUAUAGACACUUGCGGGGAAAAAAAAGGUGAUGCUAGCCCAUCUGAAGCACCCAAUCACAAAUAUUUUACCCCAUGUUUACAGAUACUUAUAUUGCUUGCAGGAUAUCUAAUGUACAGCCAGCCAUUGACCCCCACAAAAAAAACCUUAAUACAUCUAUUUAUUUUAUCGAGGAGACUCUUCCCACACUCAGGAGAGUAUAAAAUAUAUGACAAACUUUUGUCCCAGUCAGUACCUGUUUAACUGCAACCUCACUUCUCAUAUUCCAUCACCUCUUACCUUUCCUCCAGAGGAUGAUAUCAUAGCUAUACAUUUUUGAAUACUAUUUUUGGAAAUCCAUCCCAGCAGAAACAGACGACUGGACAGUUUUUCUUGACUUGCAGUUUAAUUAUAGAAAUUCUAGUACAAUGAAUUCACAGCAUUCUUCUUGGUUAAAAAAAUAAAAGCAUAAGAACCUACUGACUUAGAUGGAUUGUAACCCUUCUUAUUGCAUAGGCUCUUAAGUAAUUAUACAGAUUCAAUAAUAUUCCCUCCCAUGUUAGCCCUUCCAACUUGUAUUGCUGAUAUGGAAGUAUUGUGCCCAUUAGAAGUAUCUAGUUCACAGAAUACCAGUAUUUGGCAGCCAAAGAAGUCCACAACUAUGAGACCUCAGCAUGUAGAAGAGAAGAAAUACAAAUGGGCUAUGAGAAGGCAAUUGUGUGUAAGUAAAUUUUAAAAAUUAUUUAAGAUUUCAUUUGAGAUGAGGGCGGCUGUGUAUAAAUCUGUAAACAUUCUUGCCAUAUAGCAUACCUCAAACAGCAUAAUACCAAGACAUGAAAUUUAAAAAAAUUGUAUAAAUUGUAUUUUACAAUUUUUAGAGAUUUGGCAUUAAAGGUUUUUCUUUUACCUUCCAAUAUAUCUUUUUAUGCUUAUGAUUAGAAAAAUUACUAUAGGAUGCUGCAUGUUUUCAAAGACUUUUGCAAGAUUUUAUUUGUCAACUGCAUUGCCAGUUCUUAGUGUCAAAUCUGGUCAGGUAGAAAGUCUAAUAUACUGCUAUUUAAGGCACAUUUACUUUCUGUUGCUAAUAUCGCAGAUAUAAUUUUAUGCUAGUAAUCUGUAAUUUAAUCAGUAAUUUAAAUGCACUUUCCAUGAUACCUACAAUAGCAAAGUCACUAAAUAAGAUCCAGAUUCUGCAAACUGUAGAAUAUAUUGUAGGAUACUGGCAGUCAAAGUAGCAUCAGAGAAGUAUCAGUACUAGUCACUCUGUCAUAGUGAAAAUAGAGAUGCUGAAUAACUCCUUUAACAAAGUGGGAAUGGAGAAAUUUUUUCCCCAGGGAAUUAAACUGCCAAAUUUGGGAUACCAUAUUGUCUUUAAUAUGGAAAAAGAGGCAUUACAGAAUAAACCAUGUGUAGCUUGUGCAGUAUUUACAUUCUUUUAGAAAAAUCUUCACAGUGACACACCUAACAAACCAAAAUAAAGACCUGUUUAUGUAUGUAAAAAACUGGAAGAUGAAUCCCGAUUUAGAAUACAGUUGAAUCUCCUGAACAAGAGUUUUCUGGAUCAGGGAAGGUUGGGUGGGGGUGCCAGCCUCUCCUUUGGGCUCUUCUCCCUAGCUACCUGCCACUGUUGCUCCAGCCCUCUGCAUGUGGCAGCCCCAGGAGCUCCAAAGGCAGCCCUGCAGGCAUUUGGGGCCCUGUCAGCCCUGCCGGUGGCUCUGUAGACAUUCAUGGCCCACCAGCUGUGAGCUCUGCAGCCCCACCCCUUUCCUGGCCCCACAGUUGUGAGCCCAGCAGCCCACCUGCAUGCUCGGGUGGGCUCACCAGCUGUGUGCUCUGUUCUCCCCUCUCCCACCAUGGGCUUCCCAUCCCAGCCAGCUGCAAGGGUUCUGGUACCCCCUCAGCUCUGCUCCCAGCCACUAGCAACCUCUGUGCUGGGGCUCUCUAGUCCAGCAACAUUCAUUGUCCUUCUGGACCAGAGAGGUUCCACCUGUAUAAACUAGAUGCUUUGACUUAAGGAACUCUUGAACAUCACCUCUUAUUUCCUCUGAAGAAACAGAAACAAAGCUUAAAUCUUAUCCCUCCUAACAAGCAACAUUAUUCCAUCAGCAUCAUGGCUUUCUCUUUUCUCUGUGGAAGAGUUAGGACACCCAGCCCUGAUGAUUCUUCAACUGUUUCCUCUCUAACAUUCAACACCCCUUUGGCUGGAGUCCAUGAACUGUCUCAGUCAAGCCAGAGCACGACAAGCACUCUCCUGGGCUUCUGAUGCUGAAAACACAUGGGGGAUUGAGUCAAUGUUAAGCCUGCCAAAUUUCUAUAUUACAGACAGCAAACUUAAUACAGCUGAGAUUCUUCCCUCCUCUUUCCCCACAUCACAGAAGUGGGUUGCAUGAAAGGUUGGACAGCAUGUAGUGUAAUGGUGACACAUAUGUAAGGUGUGCACGAGUUGUCCUAACAGAAUUGGAGGUUUUGGAAAUGUGGCUUUGGCAAUUUUGAGUUAUGUUUGCCUUAAUCAGUAUAGAGGUUUACCAAAGUUAGGGCCAUGAAGCUAGUUAGCUGCAGAAAACUAAACUGUAUCUCUGACUAAACUAAUGUUUUGCUCUUUGAAUCUUUACUGCUGAGAUGACAUAUAAAGCAAGGAGGAUCACAGGUUGAUUUCAGGCAGGAGCUGACUUAGUUGCACAUCUGGUUGAAAGGCUGUUUUGACUGCUAAGCAGAACAAGUUUAAUACUAUGGAGAUCCAAGCUAUAAUCUUAAGUUUGAUUUCUAAAACAUAUUUCAAGUUUAAUUUUGGAAGCGCUAUAUUUUUGUCAUUGUAAAAUCAACCAUCAUUUCCUAAUAAAAUCUAAAACAUC